AUGGCCCAUGAACACCUGAAGCCUUUUGGUUCACUUGACCCAUUUGCGGAGCCUGCGUGGUACAACGCUCUCGACUCACCGUACUACAAUGAUAGCCACAGGACGUUCCGAAAGUUCGUCAGAGACUAUCUCGAGACCAAUGUUUUGCCCUAUUCAGAGCAAUGGGAGAAGGAUGGCUUUGUCCCUCUCGAAGAGAGAGUGAAGUAUGCACGGUCAGGCCUUGCUUUUGCUGAGCUUCCGAAGGAAUACAGACGAGGUAUUCCGUUGCCGGGUGGGAUUCCAGAGGAGCAAUGGGACAUCUUCCACCAACUGAUUCUGCACGACGAGACAUCCCGAGUGCACGGCGGAGCCAUGGGCGGACUCGCUGGCACAUCUGUCAUUGGCCUGCCACCCAUCAUAAAAUAUGGCACCCAAGAGCAAAAGGACAAGUACCUUCCGGGUGGUUCCGACCUGGCCUCUUUGAGAACGACGGCCAAAAAGUCCCCAGACGGGAAAUAUUACGUUGUGAAUGGGCACAAGAAAUGGAUCUCCGGGGCUCUAUCUGCCACGCAUAUGACCACUGCAGUGCGAACAGGUGGUCCUGGGAAGGGUGGGGUUUCUAUUCUAGUUAUUCCCACAAACUCGAAAGGAUUUUCGGCCAGAAAGAUCGAGAAUAGCGGAGUCAAUGCUGCGGAAACCGCAUGGGUCGAUCUAGAGGAUGUCCAUGUGCCAGUCGAGAACCUCGUUGGUCCCGAAAACGAAGGCUUUCGGAUUCUCAUGCACAAUUUCAAUUCGGAGCGGUUCAUAAUGGCCAUCCACAUGAAUCGCAAGGCACGAGUGUGUCUGGAGGUUGCUCUAGACUAUAGCCACAGCCGGAUCACAUUCGGCAAGCCGCUCAUCUCGCACCAGAUCAUCCGCCACAAGUUUGUGACCAUGGCGCGAUACAUCGAAUCGCACUGGGCCUGGCUCGAGCAGAUCGCGUACCAUAUCAAGCUCAACGGGUGGGAAAGCGACAUUGCGAGCAGGAUUGCACUCGCAAAGAUCCACGCUGGUCGGAUCCUGGAACUGGCCAAUCGAGAGGCACAGCAGGUUCUGGGGGGAGCGGGUUACCAGCGUGGCGGAGUGGGAGGCUUGGUCGAGCUGAUCAGCCGAGAUUUGCGGAUGCAGGUUGUGGGAGGAGGGAGCGAGGAGAUCUUGUCGGAUUUGGCUCUGCGCCAGGAGCUGACUGCGGCGAGGAAGCGAGGGUCGAUGUUGUGA